UACCAAAGCUCAACCACUAACACUUUCUAUCAACUGGCCUACAAACAGUCUCCCAUUUCUAUAUCAAAAAUGACUCGAAAGAUAUUGGUUGUUAAUCCCAAUUCUUCAGUCUCAAUGACUGACAACUUGGAGAAAAUAUUAGUCACCCCUCUAGGCUACAAGUUGGAUUAUUUUACUGCCCCACUGUCUGCUCCUCCAGAAAUAUCUGAUCCAAUCACUUCUGAAUUGAGUUGUCAAGUGUGUUUGCCGGUUCUAAUUCCUCUUAUUCCAAAAUAUGAUGGCUUCUUAAUUUGUUGUUAUUCUGACCAUCCAUUGAUAGCCAAAUUAAAAUCUGAGUUUUUGAAAAAUUCAGAUUAUUCCAAGAUCGUGCUUGGAAUAUUUCAAGCUUCAUUAUUGUUUGGAGUUGCCAAUUCUCCUAAAAGGUUUGGAAUUUUAACCUCAUCAAACUCAUGGGAAUUGAUUUUAGACAAUUCCACAAAGAAGUUCUUCGGUGAUGAAAACCAAUUUCCUCCUUUGUUUGUCGGUACAAUUGCUUCUAAUGUCAACGUUUUGGGCUUGAGUGAUGAAAAAAAUUUCCGUAAAAUUGUCAAAAAAUCAAACUACUUGAUAAAUGACAAAAAUGCUGAAAUUAUUCUAUUGGGCUGUGCAGGUUUAUCUGGUUUGGAGCACAAACUACAAAGUGCAGUCCAUAACAAAGCUCGAUUCAUUGACAGCGUUAAAAUCGGUUUGGAAUUUAUUACUAGUCUAAUAAAUUUUGAAUUAAAUUCAAGUUAAUUACUAUCUUUCAUUCUCUCCCCUUAAUCAUUUGAUUCAAAACAAAAAAAAUCUGUUGUAUCUAUUAAAUUUAUUAUAUAUAUUACAUAUUUCUUGAAAUUAAAAAAAAAAAAAUAAUUUUACAAAUUAUAUUGUAUCUAAUAUAAUUUCAUGCAGUG